CUGCGCACAACGCUGCCCGCCCCUCGCCAGCAGCAGCAGCAGCAGUAGUAGGAGGCGGCGGUGUUGGUCCCGGCUGGGGCGAUAGCGUGAGGGUGCCCGAGCGCCGCUGUUGCCCCCUUUUAUCCGGGAGCCCCAGGUCCGGGCCGAGGAGGAGGAGGCGUCCCGGCCGCGGAGGGAGUCCGAGCGGCGGCAGCAGCAGGAGUCUGUGCCCGGCCCCCCCUGCGCCCAGUCCCGUUACAACCCCCUUCCUCCGCGCUCCGCAGCCACCAACAUGUCGGCGCCGGCGGCCAAAGUCAGUAAGAAGGAGCUGAACUCCAACCACGAUGGGGCCGACGAGACCUCAGAAAAAGAGCAACAGGAAGCAAUUGAACAUAUUGAUGAAGUACAGAAUGAAAUAGACAGACUGAAUGAACAAGCGAGUGAGGAAAUUUUGAAAGUAGAACAGAAAUACAACAAACUCCGCCAACCAUUCUUCCAGAAGAGGUCAGAACUGAUCGCCAAAAUCCCAAAUUUCUGGGUAACAACAUUUGUCAACCACCCACAAGUAUCUGCACUCUUGGGGGAAGAAGAUGAGGAGGCACUGCAUUAUUUGACCAGAGUUGAGGUGACAGAGUUUGAAGACAUCAAAUCAGGUUACAGAAUAGAUUUUUAUUUUGAUGAGAAUCCAUACUUCGAAAAUAAAGUUCUCUCCAAAGAGUUUCAUCUGAAUGAGAGUGGAGAUCCAUCUUCAAAAUCAACUGAGAUCAAAUGGAAAUCUGGGAAGGACCUGACAAAGCGCUCAAGCCAGACACAGAACAAGGCCAGUAGGAAGAGGCAGCAUGAAGAACCAGAAAGCUUCUUUACCUGGUUCACUGACCACUCUGAUGCAGGUGCUGAUGAACUAGGAGAAGUCAUCAAAGAUGACAUCUGGCCAAAUCCAUUGCAAUACUACUUGGUUCCUGAUAUGGAUGAUGAAGAAGGUGAAGGAGAGGAAGAUGAUGAUGAUGAUGAAGAGGAAGAAGGGUUGGAGGAUAUUGAUGAAGAAGGAGAUGAAGAUGAGGGAGAAGAAGAUGAAGAUGAUGAUGAGGGAGAAGAAGGAGAGGAAGAUGAAGGAGAAGAUGACUAAUUAAACACUGAUGGAUUCCAACACCCAUCCCUUCUUUUCUUAUCUUUUAAUUUUUCUCCAGUCCCUGGGAGCAAGUUGCUGUCUUUUUUUUUUUUUUUUUUUUCCUUCCUCCCUUGUGCUCAGUCGCCUUGUUCUCUUGAGGUCUCUUUUUCUCUCCUCUACACCAUGGUUCACCAUUUAUUUUGGGGGAAAUACCCUGAGCAGAAUACAGUGGAAAAUAAAAUCUCUACCAGUUUCUGUUCCAAGUUCAUUUUUAUCCCUUUCUGUCUAAAAACAAAAACUGUUUAUGGAAUCAACACACCAUGUUCUGUGGGAAAAAAGAAAACCUUCUGCUCCCUUCACUCUGCUGGAAGCUGAAGAGUGCUAGGCCCCUGUGUAGUAGUGCAUAGAUUCUAGCUUUUUUCCUUCUUUCUCUGUAUAUUGGGCUCAGAGAUUAGUGUCUCUAUGUGAAUAUGGACAGUUAGCAUUUACCAACAUGUCUGUCUACUUUCUCUUGUUUAAAAAAAAUUAAAAAACUAAAAAAAAUGGGGGUAUAGAAGGUGAGCAAGGGUGGGUUUCAGAUGUUUGGGUGGGUUAAGUGGGCAUUUUGACAACAUGGCUUCUUCUCCUUUGGCAUGUUUAUUGUGAUGUUUAACAAACAUCCUUGCAGUUUAAGAUGACACUUUUAAAAUAAAAUCUUCUCCUAAUGAUGACUUUGAGCCCUGCCACUUGAUGGAGAAUCAACAGAACCUGUAGGAUCUUAUUUGGAAUUGACAUUCUCUAUUGUAAUUUUGUUCUUGUUUAUUUUUAAAUUCUUUUUUUUUUUUUUUUUUUUUUUUUUUUUUUUUUUUUUUUUUUGGUUCACUGGAAAGGAAAGAAAGAUGCUCAGUUUUAAACGUUAAAGUGUACAAGUUGCUUUGUUACAAUAAAACUAAAUGUGUACACAAAG